UCCAAUAGAGAUAUUCAACAAUCUAAUAUCUACAGGGCCACAAAAAUACUUUAUCUACUCUAUCUCAUAUUAUGCAUAAGUUUUUAGUUUGUGAAAACUGUCAUUAUAAAUAGCAGUGCGUGAAGGAUUUAAAGUGUGCGUGAAGUAACAAUGUAUUUUAAAUGGGGUUUACUUUUCGCCCUGUUUUUUGGCACACUUUCAUAACGAGCGAUCCACAAAUAUUGGGAUUAAAGCUAGCCGGUUAAAAAAAGACGAAAGCAAUAAAAAAUAUGCACAUUAUCGUUCCGGAGGCCGUUAAAAGGGGAAGUAACGUGACUUUGGUUUGUGAUUAUGAUCUGGAAUCAUCCGCUCUAUAUUCCGUUAAAUGGUAUAAAAACGAAGAGGAAUUUUAUCGUUUCGUACCAAAAGAAGCCCCUCCUAGUCAAGUAUUUGAAGUUUCCCACAUCAGUGUUAAUAUCUGGAAAUCCAACUCAAGUGUAGUAACUCUCAUGUCAGUUGAAAGGGAUACGUCAGGUGAAUUUAAAUGCGAAGUUAGCGCUGACGCUCCAUUAUUCCACACUGAAAUUAGAGUGGCAAGACUGCUUGUCGUGGAUGUUCCUGAAGAUGCACCUGCGUUAAAAGCAGAGGUUCAGAAAAUAGCUCCAGGAGCCACUUUAAGAGCUAAUUGCACAACUCCUGGUUCUUAUCCAGCGAUGAACAUAACCUGGCUCCUUAACGAUAAAAAGAUGCACUCUAGACGAUUUCGCAACGAUGUUGAGUUCGAAGAUAUCUACGACGCAUCCGACAAUGGCGUCGACGUCCAAAUCGAGAAGUCAAUCUUCCGUUUCGACGCUUUGCCGGGCCUAGAAACCACUCAGUCAACAUUUUCCGUGAAAACACGUCCCGAUCUAUUCGACAAAGGCAAACUAAGGCUGCGCUGUUUGGCGACCUUGUUUACCCUUUACGAGGCUUCCAGAGAGGCGGAAAUACAGGAGGAUGCUCCUAAACUGGCGCUUGUCAUGGUACACAAAGAUCAAAGAAGUAAAGGACCCUACAACUUUCGCCGAGAUGUGACCACAUUAUUUUUUACACUAUCCAUACUUUCAAUAAUCCUAUUGAUAAACUGAGGACAUCAAAGAGUUUAUAAGUAAAUUAAAUCGAAGUGAAAUUGUAACAUUAUAAACUUAAGAUAUCGAUGGACGGAAUGUGUUAAAUGAUUGUGAUUUUUAAUAAAUGUGAUUUCUGUUUUAAAAUCAAAAUUGGCAAAAUGCGCAAUAAUUUGAAUAAACAUGAUUAUUUAUAUGAUA